CGGCACGGCCGGGCUGAGGCGGAAGCGCCGCUUUGCCGCCAUUGCCGGCUCCUUUCGGCCUCUGCCCACGGAACCGGCACCGGCAGCGGCACCGGCACCGGGCCCGGCCCGCGGCGCCGCGGCUCCGCCAUGGAUGCGAACGCAGCCAAGCGGAAGGAGCCGCGCAAGGCGCUGCGGGUUAAAGUCAUCUCCAUGGGCAACGCCGAGGUGGGCAAGAGCUGCAUCAUCAAGCGGUACUGCGAGAAGAGGUUCGUGCCCAAGUACCUGGCGACCAUCGGCAUCGACUACGGCGUCACCAAGGUGCAGAUCCGGGAUCGGGAGAUCAAGGUGAACAUCUUCGACAUGGCCGGACACCCCUUCUUCUACGAGGUCAGAAUUCCCAAAAUUCCCCCUGGAAAGUCGGGAAUCCUUUCCCAACUUCUUCUCCCAA